AUGUCUAAAGAAGAGGGUAAGGCCCGAGACAAGGUCGACCUCGAAAGGAAAAUAGGACUCGUUGACCUGCCUCCUAAUGAAUCGUUCGAAGCAUCCAAACGGAGGCACCUGGGACCCUUCAACCACCGCUCCAAACUCGUCCCCCUGAAUGUGGUAGAAGCGGACGUUUGCGGCGCUCAGUGGCCGUCCAACCACGCUUCUGCACCCAACUCUGUUCCCGCAGCUCCCAGACCAGUCCUCCGCCUAGAUCACCCACACGACGGUCUAUCGCAGUUUACUGCCAAACACUGCGUCAACCUCCCACUCCUGCAUCAACGCCAAUGUCUGAAAAUAUUUCCAAGUUAG